CUGAGGCAGAAGUGGCAUCUUUGAAUCGCCGUAUCCAGCUGGUAGAGGAGGAGUUAGACCGAGCCCAGGAGCGCCUUGCCACAGCUCUGCAGAAGCUGGAAGAGGCAGAGAAGGCUGCAGAUGAAAGUGAAAGAGGCAUGAAAGUCAUUGAAAACAGAGCUCUGAAGGAUGAGGAGAAGAUGGAACUGCAGGAGAUCCAGCUCAAGGAAGCCAAGCACAUUGCAGAGGAGGCGGACAGGAAGUAUGAGGAGGUUGCUCGGAAACUGGUGAUCAUAGAAGGAGAUCUGGAGCGUACUGAAGAGAGAGCUGAGCUUGCAGAGUCUAAAUGUUCCGAGCUGGAAGAAGAGCUGAAGAAUGUCACCAACAAUCUCAAGUCUCUUGAGGCUCAGGCUGAGAAGUACUCUCAAAAAGAGGAUAAAUAUGAAGAAGAGAUCAAGAUCCUGACUGAUAAACUCAAAGAGGCGGAGACCCGUGCUGAAUUCGCUGAACGGUCUGUAGCCAAGCUGGAGAAGACCAUUGAUGAUUUGGAAGAUGAGCUCUAUGCCCAGAAACUGAAGUACAAAGCAAUUAGUGAGGAACUGGACCACGCCCUGAAUGACAUGACUUCCAUAUAAACUGAAAUCCACCAAAGAGGAGCAUCUCUGCACGCAAAGAAUGCUGGACCAGACCCUGCUAGACCUGAACGAGAUGUAAUGGAUCCCUGCCACUGCCUCCGCCACACAAUGCCUGGGGGGGCCAGCCCAGCUGCUGCUGACCUCUAACCCUUGGGGACCAGAGUUUACUUUCUGUUGCCAACUUGACCAAACACAAAUCUCCUUUGCCUUGGGGUUAAAGGCCAUCAGGUUGGGCAGAGCUUCAAACAGCAUUAUUAAGGGAAAUAAACAAUGCAAUAAUGUUUCGGGAGCAUGUUUGAGAUGUAUACAUUUUGUAACUACCAUUUUUUUGUAGCAACCAUUGUAAACAUUCCAAAUAACUCCGAGGCUGGUGAGAUACACUUCAAAGCUCUUGGCUUUAA